AUGGCUCAAGUCCUCGUCGUCUACCCGUCCGGUCCGUCCUUCGAUCUCGACUACUACCUCAAGACCCACAUGCCCCUCGUCUCCUCCCUCUGGACAUCGUAUGGUCUUCAAGGCUGGGAUGUCCUGACGUUCCCCGCCGAUGCGCCGUAUCAGGUGCAGGCCACUUUGAGAUGGAAGAGCUUGGACGAUUUCAAUGCUGCGGCUACCAGCGAGUCGGCAAAGCCUGUCUUUGAAGAUAUUCCCAACUUUACUGCUGCGCAGCCGAUUCUGCUUAAGGGGGAUGUUGUUGCUAGCUCUUAA